CAGUGAGAAAUAGAAAAUAAUUAUGAGCGCCAUGUCUGCUCCUGCGCUUGUGGAAUAGAGCGGGGCACAAACGCGGAUAUUUCCCGGGCGGGAGUUCCCGUCGGGGUUCGUUAUUGAAUCAUGGCCGACAGCGCGGGGAUUCAACAAGGUUCCCCGGCUAUCGGCGCCGCGGGCCUCGUCCCGGCCGCUCCCGGAGCAGCGGGGACGGAAGGCUCCGGCGCUGCUGGAGGAUCCGCGAGAAUCGCUGUGAAGAAGGCACAACUCCGGUCCUCACCUCGGCCCAAGAAGCUGGAAAAGCUCGGAGUGUACUCAUCCUGCAAAGCAGAAGGAGCCUGCAAGUGUAACGGCUGGAAGAGUCAGAACCCCCCGCCAACGCCCCCAAGAACGGACCAGCAGUCUAACGCGGUUAACCUGCAAGAGCCCUGUCGGAGCUGCUCUCACACUUUAGGUGAUCAUGUGACCCACCUGGAAAACGUCUCCGAGGACGAAAUGAACAGACUUCUGGGCAUCGUGCUGGACGUGGAGUAUCUCUACACCUGUGUGCAUAAAGAGGAGGAUGCUGACACUAAACAGGUCUACUUUUCCCUCUUCAAACUGCUACGGAAAUCUAUUUUACAAAUGGGUAAGCCGACGUUAGAAGCACAGGAGAGUCCUCCUUUUGAAAAGCCCAGCAUUGAACAGGGAGUUAACAACUUCGUCCAGUACAAGUUCAGCCACCUUCCAUGCAAAGAGCGUCAAACCAUAAUGGAACUGGCCAAAAUGUUUCUCAAUCAAAUAAACUACUGGCAGCUGGAGACGCCGUCACAGAGACGCCAACGGGUGACCAACGAUGAUGCUGCGGGAUACAAAGCCAAUUACACACGAUGGCUGUGCUACUGCAACGUCCCUCAGUUCUGUGACAGUCUUCCCCGGUACGAAACGGCACAGAUCUUCGGCCGAACACUGUUGCGAUCCGUGUUCACUGUGAUGAGGAAGCAGCUGUUGGAGCAGGCCAGACAAGAGAAGGACAAACUCCCCCCAGAGAAACGUACACUCAUUCUCACACACUUCCCCAAGUUCCUGUCCAUGUUGGAGGAGGAAGUGUACAGCCACAAUUCACCAAUCUGGAGUCAUGAAUUUUUGGUAGCAGCUUCAGGGGGCCAGAUUCCGAUCCACACAGUGGUCCCAGGACUCCCCGUGACCAGACCUUUGCACUACAGCACCAGCCCUGCAUCAAUGGAACCAGCCAGCUGUGGCAGUGUCAGCCCUGCCAGGAAAGCAGCACCUGUACUUGAAACCAAUCCAGUGGGAGAGAAGCGUAAGCUAUCAGAACCUCUUUACCACGAAGAAAACAAGCGACCAAGAGUAGUUGGUGACAUCCCCAUGGAGCUUAUCACUGAAGUCAUGGCAACCAUCACUGACCCAGCUGCCAUUCCAGAGACCAGUCUGCUUACAGCACAUUCAGCACGCGACGAGGCAGCCAGGAUUGAGGAGCGGAGAGGAGUGAUUGAAUUCCACGUGAUCGGCAACUCUUUGAACCAGAAGCCCAACAAGAGGAUCCUGAUGUGGCUGGUUGGUCUCCAGAACGUCUUCUCCCAUCAGCUUCCCAGAAUGCCUAAGGAGUACAUCACACGGCUGGUCUUUGAUCCGAAACAUAAGACGCUGUCACUAAUCAAAGAUGGGCGUGUGAUCGGAGGGAUUUGCUUCCGGAUGUUUCCGUCUCAGGGCUUCACAGAAAUCGUUUUCUGUGCCGUCACCUCCAACGAACAGGUCAAGGGAUACGGGACUCAUUUGAUGAAUCACCUGAAAGAGUAUCACAUUAAGCACGAAAUCCUCAACUUCCUCACCUACGCUGAUGAGUAUGCCAUUGGAUACUUCAAAAAACAAGGCUUUUCAAAAGACAUUAAAGUUCCCAAAGCCAAAUAUGUGGGUUACAUUAAGGACUACGAAGGUGCGACACUAAUGGGCUGUGAACUGAACCCCAGCAUUCCCUACACUGAGUUCUCAGUCAUCAUCAAGAAGCAGAAGGAGAUUAUCAAAAAACUGAUCGAAAGGAAGCAGGCUCAGAUCAGAAAAGUCUACCCGGGGCUUUCCUGUUUUAAGGAAGGAGUGCGGCAGAUUCCCAUCGAGAGUAUUCCCGGCAUACGUAAGCAGCUUGUCAUCAAUAGCUUGUUCCGACGCGCUAUGUUUAUUUCACACGAUUCUCUUUCAUUUUCAGGUGAAACUGGCUGGAAGCCUCUAAGCAAGGGGAAGGAGUUAAGAGACCCAGAUCAACUGUAUAGUGCUUUGAAGACCAUCCUUCAGCACGUCAAGAGUCAUCCGAAUGCUUGGCCUUUUAUGGAACCUGUAAAGAAAACAGACGCACCUGGAUAUUACCAAGUCAUUCGCUUUCCAAUGGACCUCAAGACGAUGAGUGAGCGUCUGAAGAGCAGGUACUACACGACGCGCAAGCUGUUCAUGGCUGACAUGCAGCGAAUUUUCACCAACUGUCGUGAAUACAAUCCUCCUGAGAGUGAGUACUACAAGUGCGCCAACUUGCUGGAGAAGUUCUUCUACACAAAGAUCAAAGAAGCUGGGCUGAUAGAAAAGUAGCUUUCCUUAAAAAGGACUCGAUGGUCAAGUAUAAUGCAAGUAGCGUCCACAGCAAAAAGAGAAUGUGACUACUGAUACUGGAGCGAUGAGUUUUCAGAGAAGUCUUAAUGUGAUUGUUGAAGGCUGGUUUAGACUGAGGUUUAAACUCAAAAGGUAGGACACUACAAGUUUUGUCCAAAAUGAAAAGUACUCUUGAAUAUUAUGUUUGAAAAACGGAUGUUCUGGUCGAUGGCAACAUGUCAAAGGUUAGGUUUUAAGUCCCAUUUCAAGAUGAGACAUGUUACACAUGCGUAAAAAAAUAAACAGUUAGAUGAAUCUAUCCAGAAAUGUAAAGCAGCAAUGCUCUAAAUAACGGAACGUGAUGUAUUUUAUUUUCUUAGGAAAUUCCUGAAUUCCCUUCUGCACUAAAAAUUAAUGUCCUCGCGGUCCUAUGUGGUAUACACUAACACUGUGCACCAAUGUUACCCAAAGAUGAGGAAAUUCAGAGGUAUUUUCUGCUUUAGAAGCUAGUUUAUUAUCACUGUUCUCGAGCUGGUGGGUCACCCAAGCUGACAGUAUGGUCUGCAGGCCUUUAGUGCGAGAUGCACCGGCCAGUGACUGGGAUCUGUGCUCCUCCUUUCCUAGAGUUCUGAAUGCGUGUGGCAUCACUGCCGCAUCCUCCACUGAAAUAGAUCUAUAUUAUAGUCCAUAAAAAAAGUAUGUCCCUGUAGGGAGCGUGUAAAUAUGAACUUGAACAUGUAUACAAUACAGAUUUCAUAACAGAAGACUAAAAACAUUGGACAAUGACAAUGAAAGAUGUUGAAUGUGAAAGCUUCUUGCUGAAACAGCGAACUAUACCAGAUGUCGUCUCUCUCCUCUGUCACUGUAGCGGCAGCUUUGCUUUGCUUCCAGCAGCAAAAUCAACUGCGUGGAUGUGAACUUGCCAGGGAACCUUUGUUCAGUGUUAUCUGAAUUAAAAAAAAAUAACAUUAGAUCAUUUCAUUGCAAUUAAAACUGCUAGUUGGGCGUCUAUUGGAGUAGCAUCGGUAGCAAAGAUAGUUAUUUCUCUUACUGCAAUAGCAGCGGGUUUUCUAACACUUUUACGUUUACGCAGGUUUUGAACAAAUAAACCUUUAAUAAGGAGAACCCUAGUUUUUUAAAAAGUUGUGCUGAUGUGUUCACCCUCAUGUAUCUCCAAGCAAAUUAUUAUACGUAUUCAUGGAGAAGAGAAUCUCAGAUGAUUAUGAUACAAGAUUUCUUAAGGCAUAAGACACAGAAGAGGGGAAGAAGAGCACCGCGGUGCUUCUCUUCUCAUCCCAGCCACACUCUCUGUCAGCUGACUCAGGUACUGAUAAUCAUGAGCAGUCGGUGUGAAGUCAUUCUCACGACAGUGUUAACGUCAAGAAGUGACAGCAAAGAAUAAGUCGUCCAAUCAUUUCUGUGUAGGAAGGUCAAAGUUUCUUGAGUUCAUCCUGCCAAAAACAAACAAAAAAGAAAAAUGUACUUUAAAUUUGUACAGAUUUUAUCUAGUUCAAAGAAUUUAUACCUAUUAUAAACUGUAUUUUAAAUGUGUAUAAGCUGUAUUUUUGUUUCAGAAAUUGAAAAAAAAAAUAUUUUCCUUGAUAAGCCACAUAGGGUAGUUUUACAAUGCACUUUUAUUUUUAGUAUUGACUACCAUGAAUACAAGCAUUUUCUUUUCCCUAGAAUUUGUUCUGGCAUUGAAAUGACUGCUGUUGAAUGAGGACUAAAUUAAGUAUCUAAAGAUUAUUGUUAUUUAUGUGCUGUGAGUUACAAGAAAUAUGACUAAGACAAUGUCUUAAUUUAUUCUCUUACAUUUGACCUGCAGAUGGAGAUUGAUAACUUUAUACUUUGGAGAUGAAUUAAAAGAUUGUGCAAUACGAAGUAGUUUUGCCAUUUUGUAAAAAGCUGUUUGUACUUUUCAAACUUUAACAAAAUAA